CUCAAAAGCACCAAAAAGGCCUGUGCUUUCUCUGUCAGUGCUCCACUGCUCCUGCAAAUCUAAACGCCAUGAAUCCUUCUUCAAUUCAACCCUCUCUCCCUUCCCAAAACCCUAACCCUAAUUCCCCAAUCCCGUCCCUCCCCCAAAACCAGAACCUCAAUUUCCCUUCCUCUCUCUCUACAACUCUCUCCUCCCUCACCUCCCUCCUAUCUGUCUCCCACCAAACCCUCAAUUUCCAUUCUACCGUCACCAAAUCCCUAAAUCCCAACCUGAUCGCUUGCCCUUUCAACCCCAAUCAUCUCUUCCCCCCAGAAUCCCUCUUCUCCCAUUCCCUCCGCUGCCCCUCCCCUCAAAAUCGCGACCUUUAUCCUCCAAAUUACCGAAAUACCCUCAUACUCCCUUCAAAUUUACAUGCCCAGGACACCCAUUUUCAAGGUAUACAAUGCUCUGAACUUUGCCUCUCGUUAGAUGGAUACUUUGCUGAUUUUGGGUCAAAUUUCUUUUACAAAGAUUGUCCUGGUGCUGUCAAUUUGUUUGAUGUUGAUAACUCCAAAAAGACAUUUACUUUACCGGGUUUUCUAUCCGUUGAAUGUGUUAAUUUUGAGGGUUUUAAAGAACGAGAGAGUGUGGUUAGAGAAGAAAAGGGUUUAAGGGUUUUAGCUUCAGGCUUAUGGGAAAUUAGGAGGGAAGUUGAGAGGUGGGGUGAUUACCCUGGUUCGUAUUCGUUUAAUGUCAUUUAUGCGAUUUUGGGAUCGAAAAUGGCUAAAGGAAGUAAUUUGAGGAAAUGGAUUGUUGCUAAUUCGCCACGGUAUGGUGUAAUGAUUGAUGGGUAUAUGGGGGAUCAUAUAGUUGUGCUGGUUAGGUUGUGUUUGAAAGCUGUUGUGAGGGAAGCGGUUGGUUUGAUGGAAGUAGAGAUGGGAUAUGAAGAAUCUAAGGAGAAAGAAUGGGAUGUGAAUUUGCAGAGGAGAAUGUUUGAAUGUCCUAUUUUGCUUCAAGUUUUAGUGUGGUUAGGUUCUCAGCUUUCUGUUUUGUAUGGUGAUGUUAAUGGGAAAUUCUUUGCAAUUAAUAUGAUCAAGCAAUGUGUAUUAGAAGGUGCAUCACUGUUGUUGUUGUUUCCAUUGGAAGAAAAGGUGACUGAUUCACACAAUUUGGGACAAGAAUCACAGAGUUUGGACACCAAUGGUGUUAAGGAAAUUAAACUUGAGGAGACAAUUGAGCAAAGUAAUGAACCAGUUGAAACAGUCAAUGAAACUAUUGGUGUUGGGGUGAUAUUUGUAUCCCAGGUAGCAGCAGCAGUUGCGGCAUUGCACGAAUGGUGCUUCCUUGAAGAAAAAAUAAAGCAUUUACGGGCUUUACAACCACUUUCAAGAUAUCAGCGGAUGGCUGAGCAUGCUUAUUUUUCUGAGAGAGCUGAUGCGGAGCGGAAGAAACGUCCGAACUAUAGGCCUAUAAUUGACCAUGAUGGGCUUCCUCGGCAGGCAUCAUCUAAUGAGGAAGGAAGUAGGACUAAAACAAGAGCGGAGAUAUUGGCCGAAGAAAGAGACUAUAAAAGACGAAGAAUGUCAUAUCGUGGGAAGAAAUUGAAGCGGACAGCAUUACAGGUUAUGAGGGAUAUAAUAGAGGAAUACACAGAGGAAAUCAAGAAAGCUGGGAGGAUUGGUUGCUUUGUCAAAGGACCAGAAAAGGAAGGGUUGUUACCAUCUGAAUCACCAGUUCCUUGUGACCUUGCUGUGGAUGCUGAUGAGCAUAAAAAAGGUACCAGUGACAUUUCUGAAGCAGCCAGACGUAGCCCAAACCAUUACAGGAGAAGAUCACAUGAUGACCAGCAUACUAGAUCUACAAGAUUAGAGGAUUCCUCAAGGAAUGGACACCAUGAUCUUCUUGAAGAUUUAAGGAGUAUUAGUAAAGAGAAACACAGAGACAAGUAUCAUUCUGGAAUCUCAAAAAGACACAGAAGUCAUGGGCGGUCAGAUGAGCAAAGAAGUCAUAGAAGGGAGCGAGAUGAUGCAGAAUCCACCAGGGCCACGCACUAUGAGAGUGGAAGACGAUAUAGUAUUUCUAAAUUUAAGGAUUACAAAUCAUCUUAUUCUGCUUCCAAUUCUUCAGAUGACUUUCAUGUAAGAAAGGAUGACCAGAAGUUGGAUGCUACUGAUAAGAAUAGAAGGAGUUCAUAUGAGAAUCAUACUUCAGGCUCCUGGGUGCAAAAUGGAUUUCAUGAUAGAUAUAAUCCUUCAGAAUCUGAUGACAUGUAUGAAGAUGAUGUCUUUGUUAAGUAUGUCAGACCUGAAUGAUAUCAUAAAUGUGCCAGUGGAUAAUCUGCAAAUGAACUAUGUCCUUAUUGAUGUGGAGAAUCUCAAGUAGUUUCCCUUUUUGGGUAAGAAGUUAUCAAGCUUUGGCAUUAUCUCGAUCUGUAUCCUCUUUUGUAUCCUUUAUUUUAUAUUUUCGUUUCAUUUUUAGCUGCUGGAACCUUUUGAUUUUUAUGUGUGCUUCUUGAUUUUUCCCAUUCUGAACUGAACAACCAAGCCCUAGUAUUGGCAUCAUCAUUUUUGACAUCGUUUUUCUCUGAAACAUUACAAUCUUCAUUAUCAUCAGUUAUGUCAUCAUGGAACUUUCAUGAGGGCCAUUAGAGCUUAUUGUUGUCCUUAUCCAUAUCAUUUUCUUCUGAUCAUUAUAAGUUCUUCAGUUUUUAUCUAACAAUUGUUCAUAUUUUUGUAAAGAAAUCAUACAACAGGGAGAAAUCAAUAUAGGAAAAUUAUUGAGAAGAAUUUUUUUACUGUUAAGUUGUGUCGAUCUGUCAACUUUAUACAUGCCUAGUUCUGAGGUGAAGGUAGGAUAUGAUUUAGUUCUCUGUUCUGGCUCUUAUCAGUCUGUAGUAACAGGUAAAUGAAACUUAAAAUAUUCUGUGUUAUGGUUAAUUUCGCUUUUUCUGCUAUACUCUCAGGAUGAUGCAGGUAACACAUUAUACCUAGUCACUUCAAGUUGCAAGCAAUGUUGCUAUGCUGAGUUUAUUUUAUGCACUUUCUAAGAUCUUUAUAUUCUGUUGUUUUACGGUUGAAAAAUAUUAAAAUGUCAAAUAGAAAGUGUACAUAUGUAAAAGGCUACCAAAAGGAUAAGGUGGCAAAUCCUUUGGUUAAUGCAGAAAUACAUGAAGUCUCUAUCUUGUACAUGAAUUGAAGAUUUUACAGAUGGCAAGGUAUGACUUUUGGCAACAACUUUGUUCGGCCCUGUACAUGCUGCAGAUUUUGCUAAAGGCUGUGGAAUUUGACAAGAAAAUUGAAUAUAGAGUUAGAGACACUUAAGCUUUCCCCCUUUAAUUGAAUUUCACUUGUUGAAGUAAUGUCUUCUCUGUUCUCUUUUCCUUUGUUUCUCCUUUUUGCCUUUGUUCUCCCCAAACAUAUGAAAAACAUUUGUAUAUUUGACUAGGCUUUAAUAAGCAAUAAAGAUUUAUAUAUAUAUAUAUAUAUAUAUAUAUAUAUAUAUAUU